AGUUGGAAAGAUGAGGUAUAGAGAUAGAGAGAGAGAGAGAGAGAUUUCGCAGCAGCAACGUCGCAGUUUCUCAUGGACUCCAAAAACCCUCCUUAACAUUUACGUAAUCCUUGGAAGAAACUUUAUUACUAUAACACAAAACAAAACAAAAAUACUAAAAAUCCAAAGACCAUAAAGUUUUGCAUGAUGGAAUCAAAGAUUGAGAGUCAUAAUAAACGGAGGAGAAGACAAGAGACGAUGACGGAGACAGAGAUGGAGGCAGCGCAACAGUUGAUGCAUUUGAGCGACGAAGAGACCACCAAUCUCGAUAAUAUCAUCGACAAGAAGAAGAAGAAGACGAUUGAGGAAAUAUUCGGUAUAGAUAAUGAUCAUAUUCAUCAUGAUCAAGAUCAUCAAUGCAAUGAAGAUCAUCAAGUGUUCAUGAGAGUAAUGUCAUUGAAGAAGAAGAAGAAGAAGAAGUAUAGGACGAUAGAGAGCAUUUACAUGGCGACGAGACCAAUCAGGAUCGUGAUUAGAUGAUGGAACAACUCUCGAUCGUUAGGGUUGCUGUUUAUGGUUUUUUUUAAUUUUUUUAAAUCUACAUUAGUAUGGUUUCAUCAUGAUUAGAUUAUAUAUGAUUAAGCAUUUUGUAAUUAGUACGAAUUGAUUAUGUUUUUAAUCAU